AUGCCCGGCGCGAAGCCUCACGUCAUGGUACUUCCCUUCCCGGCGCAGGGCCACGUGACCCCGCUCAUGGAGCUGUCGCACCGCCUCGUCGACCAUGGCUUCGAGAACACCGACGAUGGCGUCGACGCGCUGGACGGGAUCCACUUGGUCUCCAUACCGGACGGCAUGGCUGACGGCGACGACCGCCGGGACCUCUGCAAGUUCGUCGACGGGGUGUUUCGGCGCGUGCCCUGCUACCUGGAGAAGCUGAUCAAGGAGACGGAAGCGUCCGGGGCGGCCAGUGUGAAGUGGCUCGUCGCCGACGUAAACAUGUGGUUCUGCUUCCCGAUUGCCAAGAACCUCGGCGUUCGGGUGGCCGGCAUCUGGCCGGGGGCCGCGUCUGGCCUCGGAAUGUCGUUCAGGAUUACCCAGAUGAUAGAGGAUGGGUUCAUUGACGACAAGGGCUACCCAAAGGUACAGGGUACGUACGAGAUCGCUCCCAAGAACAAGAUGCCGCCCAUCUGUACGUCGCACAUGCCGUGGAGCAUCGACGGCCCACCCGAGGGGCAGGAGACAAUCUUCAAGCUGUUCUACGGCUACGCCCAAUCGACCAACCGCCCGGAGAUCACCGUGUGCAACUCAUUCCUCGACGCCGAGACAACAGCGUUCGAGCUGUUCCCUGACAUAGUGCCCAUCGGUCCUCUCUUCGCCGACCAGGAGCUCCGCAAGCCUGUCGGGCAGUUCUGGCCGGUCGACACUGGGUGCCUGAAGUGGCUCGACGCACAGUCCUGCAGCUCUGUCGUGUACGUGGCGUUCGGUAGCUUCACUAUCUUCGACCCGCGGCAGUUCAGACAGCUCGCCGAGGGACUGGAGCUCACCGGCCGGCCGUUCCUGUGGGUGGUGCGCCCAGACUUCACCACCGGCGGCCUCAGCAAAGAGUGGUUCGACGGUUUCCAAAGCCGCGUCGCCGGCAAGGGCAUGAUCGUCAGCUGGUGCCCCCAGCAGCAGGUUCUGGCGCACCCCGCAUUGGCGUGCUUCGUGUCGCACUGCGGGUGGAACUCGACGACGGAGGGGGUCAGGAAUGGCGUGCCGAUCCUGUGUUGGCCGUACUUCGCCGACCAGUUUGCCAACCGAAGCUACAUUUGCGACAUCUGGAUGACCGGCUUGGCCGUGACGCGCGGCGAAGAUGGCGUGGUAACGAAGGAGGAGUUGAUUAGUAAACUCGCGCAAGGCCACGUCACUCCGUUCAUGGAGCUGUCGCACCGCCUCGUCGACCAUGGCUUCGAGGUCACCUUCGUCUGCACCGGGCUAAUCCACACGCUCCUCCUCGACGCCAUGCCGCGGAACACCGACGGCAACAAGACGCCGUUGGAGGGAAUCCGCCUGGUGUCAAUACCGGAUGGCAUGGCUGAAAGCGACGACCGCAGGGAUCUCUGCAAGUUCGUGGAAGCGGUCUCGCAGUACGUGCCCGGCUACGUGGAGGAGCUCAUCAGGGAGACGGAGGCGUCCGCGGAGAAGAAGGUGAAGUGGCUCCUCGCCGAUGUGAACAUGGGGUUCUGCUUCCGGGUUGCCAAGAACCUCGGCGUUCGGGUGGCUGCCGUCUGGCCGGCGGCAGCUGCGAGUCUCGGGAUGUGGUUCAGGAUUCCCGAGAUGAUAGAAGAUGGCCUCAUUGACGACAAGGGCGUGGCAAAGCGAGAGGGAACGUACGAGUUCGGGCCCAAGAUGCCGCCGAUCUGCACGGCGCGCAUGCCGUGGGUUAUCGACGGCCCACCCGAGGGGCAGCAGGCAAUGUUCCAAGUGGUGGUCUCCGACAACGCUCAGGCCACCAGCCAUGCCGAGAUCAUCGUGUGCAACUCGUUUCUGGAAGGCGAGACCACGGCGUUCGAGCUGUUCCCUAACAUAGUGCCCAUCGGCCCGCUGUUCGCUGACCAGGAGCUCCGGAAGCCGGUGGGGCAGUUCUGGCCGGAAGAUGCGAGCUGCUUGGAAUGGCUCGACGCGCAGCCCGACAACUCGGUCGUGUACGUGGCGUUCGGCAGCUUCACCAUUUUCGGCCCGCGGCAGUUCCAGGAGCUCGCCGAGGGGCUGGAGCUCACCGGCCGGCCUUUCUUGUGGGUGGUGCGCCCGGACUUCACCUCCGGCGGUCUGAGCAAGGCGUGGUUCGAUGAGUUCUCGAGCCGCAUGGCCGGCAAGGGCAUGAUCGUCAGCUGGUGCCCCCAGCAGAAGGUUCUGGCGCAUCCCGCGGUGGCCUGCUUCAUGUCGCACUGCGGGUGGAACUCGACGACGGAAGGGGUCAGGAACGGCGUGCCGAUCUUGUGCUGGCCCUACUUCGCCGAUCAAUUCACGAACCGGAGCUACAUUUGCGACAUCUGGAUGACCGGCUUGGCCGUGACGGCGGGUGAAGAUAGCGUCGUGACUAAAGAAGAGGUGCAGAGCAAACUGGAGCAGCUCAUCGGCGACAAGGAGAUUGCAGAGAGGGUACGGAUGCUCAGGGACGCAGCUCGCAGAAGCCUCAACGAGGGCGGCUCCUCGUACGAGAACUUCAAGAGAUUUGUUAAUCUCUUGACCGGAGUGAGCCGCGCCGUUUCACUUAAUUAG